AUGGCUUCUGAAUCCAAAGAAGUGGAGCUUGAUUUUCCUCCAUACCUUAAAGUCUACAAAGAUGGCACAGUGGAAAGACUCAUUAAGUCUCCAUAUGUUCCUCCAUCACUUGAUGAUCCCAUCACUCGCAUUUCCACAAAAGACAUCAAAAUUUCAUCAAAUGUUUCUGCAAGAAUUUACCUUCCCAAAAUCACUGAUCCUAACAAAAAGCUCCCCAUUUUAGUCUACAUCCAUGGUGGUGGAUUUUUCGGAUCUGCUUUCUCCCUUAUGGACCACCAAUAUGUCAGUCAAAUAGUCUCCAAAUCUAAUGCGCUGACGGUUUCGGUUGAGUAUAGGCUCGCCCCUGAACACCUUUUGCCAGCAGCUUAUGAAGAUUCCUGGGCUGCCCUUCAAUGGGUUGCCUCACAUUCUGUCGUGGAUUCUGAAAUCGAAGGCGGAAAAGAGACGUGGCUGAUGGAUUAUGGCGAUUUUGGUAAAGUUUUCUUGGGGGGUUUUAGUGCUGGGGCGAAUAAUGUUCAUAACACGGCCAUGAAAGCGGGGGAGGAAGGACUAAUUGGUGGGGUGAAAAUCCUGGGUGCAUUCAUGUCUUGUCCUGGUUUCUGCGAUUCGAAAACCGCGAAAGGAAGCGAUAAAGAAAAUGAACUAUAUAGAGUUUGGAGCUUUGUUUAUCCUUCUGCUCCAGGUGGGAUUAAUAGUCCACUGAUCAAUCCUUUUGCUGAUCCUAACUUAGCUAAGAUUGGGUGUCAGAAGAUUUUUGUUUGCUGUACUGAGAAAGAUGAGCUGAGAGAUAUCAAUUUGCGUUAUGUUGAUGCAUUGAAGAAAAGUGGCUGGAAUGGUGAAUUAGAGCUGGUUGAUGUUGAAGGAGAAGAUCACUGCUUUGAGGCAUUUGAUCCUUUUACUGAGAAAGCACAGAGUCUGAUCAGCAAGAUUGGUUCUUUCAUCAAGGGCUAAUCAAUCUUGUUAUACUCCUAUCUAUAAAGCAAUAAAAUCAGAAGUUGCAGAGUUGUAGUAUAUAUGUAUCUUAGUUUGCCAAAUUCAGGAAGGUUAUCCAGUAUCCACUUCAUUCGUCAACAAACAAGACAAUCAUUUUGGGACGGGAAGUAACUUACUAGUGUUUUUUUUUUUGAAAUAUAAUAUUGCCAUCAUGGUGUUACAUCUUCUACAUACGUAGAGUUUACUGCAUUUAUCAGAAUCUUCAAUAUGUCUCUUUGAGGUCUGUAUGACUCAUGGAAUGUCAAAGCAAUAACUUGCUAUAUAACCAUCAAAAGAAUUGUGAAAAUAAAACAAAACAAUGAAUUUUGGGAUUCCGUCGUCUUUCGCGUCUGCUUUUCUGAGUGAACGAAAAAGUUGACGCAAUCAAUUUCAACAAUAUGUAAU